AUGCAGCGCAACACAGGUAUAGAAGAUUGCUUGGAUGAGGAUGACAUAACCUUCCCUUCCUUCAGCCCUGAAGCGGACGCUCAAAACAGAUUCUUGCCAAGAAGCGAGUUCCCCUCGGUGAGGCAACUCGUAAUUUCCAAACAGAAGAGCAGACGAAGAAGGGAGGAAAAUGUGUUCGUGGGAAAAAUGGAGGACGUGCUUGUAAAAUGGAGGCCGCCCGCAUCUUCACAUCGUGGCGCAAUUGAAGCUAUUAAUGGCACGCAUCCAUAUCAGCUUAGCACAGCACAGUUCAACUCGAAAAGACCGGACCCAUUCGGCUCAACAAAGAGGGAUGAAUCCGUACGUUCCAUCAUAGAAUCGUUUACCGAUUGGUGGAAGCGCAAUUCCAAAAUAUUCUUUCAUGACGAGGAGGAAGGCGUACAAGCUGAACACAGCGCAGGUCAGCAUGAUCGAGAAUUACAGCUUUUCGAAGAAGACCUCUUCUCAUUUCACCUGAGCCCAAACGAUAUGUCAACCAGGAAUAGCGAACAUCAAGUGCAGACACCGGUGCUUUUCCCAUACGAAACGCCUACGAGAACAAAACAAAACCUUGCAGAAAGGGAAACCAUAGAUAUCGGGGACGGUGAGGAACUCUCUAUCUAUAGAGACGUUUAUUCCAACCCUAUCCCCGUCAGCUAUUUAGAUACCUUAAACUUGAAUCACUCCAUGUCUUUACGGCAAACACAACAGCAACAACAACAGCAGCAGCAGCAGCAGCACGUAGAAUCCUCAUCGGCAUUCCAAUGCUGUACAGAUUCGAACUGGGCCAGGAUAUUUCUUUGCCAAAAUGAUUAG